AUGGAAAGGAUUUUUCAGAUAGUGCAUUAUAGCGAAGAGAAUAAGGUUGUGUUUGCUUCUCACAUGAUGAAGGGUCCGGGUGUGAGAUGGUGGGAGAGUGCUUCGACUCUUAUGACCAAUCAAGGAAUACCUAGGGAUUGGGAGAAUUUUAAUACUAUUUUCCUGGAUAAGUAUUUUCCUAGUUCUUUGAGGAUUCAUAAAGAGUUUGAGUUUCAUCAGCUUAGACAGGGUACUAUGUCAGUAGCUGCGUAUGCUGAGAAGUUCAAAGAUAUGGCUUCUUAUUCUAGACAAGUCGCAUACGCACCUAAUGAGAGGUGGAAGAUUGAUCAGUUUCUUUUUGAUCUAAGGGGUGAAAUUUCUCAUAGUAUAUCUCAAAGGGAACUCACUUCUUAUGUUGAAUUGUUAAGGCAAUGCUAUGUAACUGAGAACAGUUUGAAGAAAGUUCAAGAGGAAAUGGAUCAGUAUAGGAGUGGACAGAGAGACCAAGGGAGGCCAGGUAGCCAGUUUAGGCCUAGGUCUCAGGCUUUUAAAGGAAAACAGUGCAUGAAGCGUCUUGGCUUGCAAGCAAUUCCCUUGUCUUCUCCUAUGAUGGUUACUACCACCAUGGAUGAUGUGGUUGAUGUGGUUUUGGGGAUGGAUUGGCUUUCCGCCAAUUCAGUGUUUAUUGGAUGUGAAGAGAAGUUGAUUAUCAUUCCAUCUAGUGAAACUACUCCAAAGGAUGUACUAACUACUAUCUUGGAAGGUACAGUUGGCAUGGUUAAUUUCUUAUUUGAGAAUGAAAAGUCAGUUCUCUUGGUUCUUACCAAGGAAUCUAGCGAUAAUCUGAGUGUUACACAAAUCCCUGUUGUUUGUGAAUUUUCGGAAGUUUUUCCUGAGGAUGUCACCUCUCUUCCUCCUGAAAGGCAAGUGGAAUUCUCUAUUCAUCUGAUACAUGGGACGGCUCCAAUCUCCGUUCCUCCGUAUCGCAUGGAACCACUCAAGUUGAGAGAGUUGAAGAAUAAAUUGAAAGAGUUAUUAACCAACCAUUUUAUCCGACCUAAUGUCUCACCAUGGGGAGCUCCAUCUCGUACUCCUCAAGAGCACGGAGAACACCUAAGGAUUGUUCUAUCAGUACUGCAAGAGAAACAACUUUUUUCCAAGUUAAGCAAGUGUGAAUUUUGGAUGAACGAAGUGAAGUUUCUUGGUCAUGUAAUAUCACAAGGAGGAGUAUCAGUGGAUCCAUCUAAAAUUGAAGCAGUUAUUAAUUGGGAAAGACUAGAGAAUGUUUCCGAAGUCAGAAGUUUCUUAGGUUUGGCAGGUUACUAUCAAAGGUUUAUAAAGGGAUUUUCACCGAUAGCAUUACCCAUGACUAGACUUACCCGAAAGGAAAUUUCUUUCAAAUGGGAUUCAAAGUGUGAGAAGAGUUUUAUGAGUUUGAAGGAGAAGCUAACGACUGCUCCUGUUUUAGUCAUCCCUGAUCCUAGUAAGUCUUAUGAAGUAUUUUAUGAUGCCUCUAAGACAGGAUUAGGAGGGGUGUUAAUGCAGAAUGGUCAGGUUGUAGCCUAUGCCUCUCGUCAGUUGAAACCUCAUGAAGAGAACUACCUGACUCAUGAUCAUGAACUAGCUACUGUUGUUUUUACAUUGAAAGUUUGGUGA